UUCUAAAGUUAAAAACAAAAAAUCAAAUGGAGGCGGGAAGCUCCAGUGAGACGGGAAAGUUGGGUAAAAUGAUAGAUUUAGUUUUGAAUGAUUAUUGGGGGAAUAUAUGUGCUAUUGACAGAGAUAAUGUUCAAUUUGAAAAGGCAGAUGAAUGGAUACUACAAACAGGUAAUUUGAUAAAAUUUUAUAAAUUAUUUUUAAAAAUAAUUUAUUUAAUUGUAAUUAUCGUUACUUUUACGUUAUAA